AUGGUAGCACGAUAUGCAUCACAUAAGCGCGUGGCGACUGUGAUUGGAUUGGAGUUCCCUGAUUACUUAAGUAGAGAUGUCGUGCGUGUCCAAAUACCUAAGCAGAUCAAUUUAAGUAUUCCAAAAGUCAUCAUGCUAAAGAGAAUUGAUUCAGUAAAGAAACUUGCUAAGAUGAUGAAGGUGAAGACAGGAAACCGGCAGACAUCACGUUAUGAAUCGUUAGUACGUUGCGAUUACGAAGAAUCACCACCAACAACUCCAAAAGGAUUUUUCGCAGUGUAUGUUGGAGAAGAACGGCAGCGGUUUGUUGUGCCGACUAGUUUUCUCGAUCAUCCUCUUUUCAAGAUGUUGUUACAGAAAGCUUCCGAUGAAUUUGGAUAUACACAGAGAGAUGGACUGGUUGUUCCAUGUUCAGUUUCCACUUUUGAAGAAGUUGUGAGUGCUGUUGAAUGUACUCGUGGGCAGUUUGAUCUUGCAGGUUUGGUCGAAGAGUUCAAUUAG